GAAGUGCACAGCCUGCUCUAUCCGGUGUGGAUGUAUUUCACUACAGUUCUGCGUGAUUUGCUCAUUAAUGUUAGGUGUUUUUAGAUUUCACUCAAAGUUAAUUUCGGGAUUGUUGAUUUAUCCAAAUAGUUAUGAUGUAGCACUGAAACACCGUUCUGCAUGUGGUUUGCCUAUAGGAAACGUCUACAAAAAAUGGUCUCAUUCCACAACGUAAGACAUAAGUACGUAACUGCCCUUCCUAGGUAUUGACGUGUGCAGACACUAAUUUAGUAUUCACGUAAAUGAAUACAAUUAGGAGACUCAAGCUCCUCAUUCUGCGAACAAAUGGUCAAAAGCCUACUCUAGUUCUCUAUCAGUUGGGCUCUGUUCAGUCUUUUAAAUGGAUUAAUCCAUCUUUUGAAAAUGCGAACAUUAGGUCGCGAUAGUUGAUAAUUUGUGCAAAAGUUCUCACUUCAGGCGGAUAUGGUUGGUAAGCCAAUUACAUCUUAGUAGAUGUAAUCACCUGAAGUCUGAUCUGAGUUGCCUUUCAAACAGUACAUACAUUUCGCACAGUUUUUAAGCUGGGACAGAUUUUGUGGUUUCUGUGAUAAAUCCUCUCGGUCGUGUUCCGUGAAAAUGGAUGGUUGUAUUAUCCUUCCGUUCCAGUGCUUGAGUACAAUUGGAUUCAGGCAAUUGACCUGUCUAGCAUCCAUUCCCGCACGACAGUCGAGCAGUAUGAUUAUCCCUCACCGAUUCAGAUUUGUGUAGUAAGGACAGAAGGCCUACGGCCUAUGUUAUUCCUUUUCUAGUAUGCUUCUGUGAGUGUCCAGUCUUCUCUUGAAAGAGUCAAUUGAAGGUGCGGACACCACUGCUUCGGGCAACAGGUUCCAAGUAUUGAUGACUCGGUGUGAAAACCUGUAUGCCACGGGUAUUUUGUUCGUUCUUGGCUUUUCUACUCGCCUGCUAUGUCCCCUGAGAUGUCCCGAUCUAGUGGAAAGAAAAAGAGAAUAAGUAAGGUCCAAAAUCAUUUCCCAGUAUUCUGUACAUCAAAAUUAGAUCUCCCCUUAGUCUGCGAUAGGACAGAGUAUAGAGGCCCAGCUUUUCAAGCCGCUCUUUUUAUGAAAAACCCCGGAGUUCUGGAAUUGCACGAGUAUCUGCCCUCUGUACUUUUUCUAGGAUAUCCGAGGACUUGCAAACUGAAAGCAGUUCUCUAGCUUAGUUCUCACUAAGGAUAUGUAUACUGUGGUGAACAUGGUAGUAUCUAACUUAGUUAAUGUCCGUUUUAAAGCCUAGAGGGUUCGAAACCCCUUAGCUGCGACCUCCCGGCAAUGGGCCGUCGUCUUAAGAUCAUGACUCACUGUCACCCCUAGAUCAUUAUGUGACCGGACUACGGGUAAUGGCCCUUCCCCUAUGUUGUACCUAUUAACUUUUGAAUCCCCAAAGUGCAUGUAGACACACUUUGCCGCGUUGAUAGGCACCAGCCACUCCUUAGACCAGUUAAUCAUAUUAUUUAAGUCUACCUGAAGAGCACGUGCGUCUGUUUCUCCAGUUAUUACUCACCAGAUUUUUACGUCGUCAGCGUAUAAUAACAUUGGAGACUGUACUAUAUUUGGAAGAUCAUUAACAUACAUUAUAAAAAGUAAAGGACCUAAGACGGAACCUUGAGGUACCCCACUAAGUACUGGUCUCCAGAUGGAGCACUUGUAAUUUAUUAUUACUUUCUGUCUACGAUCUACUAGGAAAUCCUCCAUCCAUUUUAAUAGAGGUCCGGCAAUACCAAGGUUUUCCAACUUCAAUAGUAGUCUAUUUGUUGGCACCUUGUCAAAAGCCUUACUGAUGUCUAUGUAGACAGCAUUCACUGAGUUCCCGUUGUCUAGUGCCUUUAUCCAGGACUCCGUUGCUGUAAGGAGGUUCGUUGUAUAAGAUAAACCCUUUCUAAAACCAUGUUGUUUUAUGUUUAGCAAGUUGUUGGUUUCCAUAAAUGCCAUUAUGGUCCGUCUAACUAUUCUUUCCAAUAUUUUAACUACAACACUGGUGAGGCUUACAGGUCUAUAGUUCGAUGGAAGUUGUCUUAGUCCUGUUUUAUGUAUGGGAGUGACGAUUGUGUCCUUCCAGUCCAUAGGCAACAAACCUUGGUCAAAUGACAUGUUGAGUGUCACAGUCAGUGGGGCCGCGAUAUACUGUGCACUGUCUCAAGACUUGGGGGUGUAGUUCAUCUGGUCCUGUUGACUUUUCCAUGUUUAAGGUGCUAAGAGCCCUAAGCACAUCGUCUUGAUCGAAGUCCAAGGUUAGCAUUUGGUUUGUUGACUUUAUUUUGGUUUGGUUCUUUGUCUAAGGGAGGUUCCUGAGUGAAAACUGCCCCAAAAUAGUCAGCCAUAGCCUCUGCUUUUUCCUGAUCUUCCUCUGUCAUUUCAGAUUCACUUCCUUCUUUAAUUAGGUUGGGAAUCCAAUGAUGCAUCCUUGUUCUGUAGUUUAUGUACGAGAAUAUUCUCUUGGGCUACUUGAGUGCAGAUUGUGCCAGCUGAAUAUCAUAUUUUCUUUGAGCUCCCCCGAAUUUUUGUUAUGCAAUUGUUUCUUACCGAUCUGUAGCGUUCCAUCGUGCCAAGGCGGAUGGCAACAACCCAACAUUUCUUUUGUUUUAGUAAACGUCGAAUAUCCCGGCCUAUCCAGGGAUCACCGUGCUUCUUCUUCUUUGGAACUGUCCAGGGUAUGUAUGGUCGAGUUACCCGAUUGUAUAACUGCCUGAAAAGAGUCCAUGCCUCUUGUACUAAUGCCCUUGAGUCAAUUUCCCAGUUUUCAGCCGAUGCUGCGGAGUUGAUUGCCUCCAAUAUCUGCCUUCCAUAUGUUAGGACGUGCCGGCGUAACUGUUUGGUAGGCAAUCUCAGCCAUGAAUUUAAAUAAGAUGACUGCAUGGUCACUUCUCCCUAGUGGUGGGAGAAAAGUCAUUUGACCAACGUAUUACCGUGUGUGAAGACUGAAUUCAAAAGAGUAGAAGAGCUUUUUAAGUCCUAUCUUGUGGGGUUUCUAAUGUUUUAAAAUCAAGCUAAUCCAAUCGAUGUUUCUAAUAGUUUGCAUUCGAACGACGUUACCGAUGACCCUACUUCUAAGUUAACCCAGUCUAUAUACGGUGCGUUAAAGUCGCCUACUACAAAGCUUUUACCCAGGACUUAAGUUUACUUAGGAGAAAAUCAUCUGCUACACAUUCUGGACUGCAAUAUACUACAACUAAUUCAAUAUCUUGCCGUCUACAUUUCAGCUUACAUCGCACCAGUUCACAUGUCUUUGAAACACGUGCCACUGUCUCAGCUACUCUUACGGUUAGGGUACUUUCCGUGUACAGGAUAACCCCGCCUCACGGAAAUUUUUUUUAGAAGUACAAUAAAUCUGUAUAUGAUAAGUGAGUUACCCUGGCUGGGUAUCAUUUUGAAUAACGUUUUCUGAGGAGUCGUUUAUUUUGCAGAGCAUCUAAAGUAAAGCGUAGCCCAUAUGAUACUGUCAAUUGUUCUUUAGUCAGUGUUUCAUAUCUCCACGUAGUUAUUCUUGUUAACAUCUACAGGAAAUAAUCCGCUCACCAUAGUUCCUGAAACUAGCUAUGUUCGUAGUUGUCUCACAUGUAAGGAUCUCGAAGUCAUCACUCAUAGACUAAAGUUUUCUCGUUAUUUCCCAUCAAAUGAGAUGCCUGAUGUAGACUCAAUUUUUGUGUAUUAUUUGCCGACGGUUGGGCUGAGUGGAAGCAAAUUAAUUAUCAGUUUGUGACGUCAUAUUUUUUAAGAAUGAUAGUUCUGUCGGGUCAACACUCAUGGAUUCUUCACGGCUUCUUGGGAAGGGUCCAAGUGGUCAUAUCGUUCAGUAAUUUGAGGUUCAGAAUAAAAUCCAAUGCUUUAGUUUUCCGUUCUCAAUUGUGGUACGACGCAGGACAAUAUUCAUUUUAGUUUUGUUCUUAUUAUGAUCGCUAUCUUAAUGCUUGCUAGUGAAGUCUCAAAAUAUUUUCUCAUGUUUUUUCACAAUAUUGUCAUUGAGUUUUGCAGCUCAUUGUUAUUUUUUUAUCAGGUUUUGUAUGAUAAGUGAUAGACAAGUAAUCGAUUCAACCGAAUCAAAAUGACUUAUAAUGUCACAAAUGUUCAAUAGUUUGCGGUUAAAUAUCUUGAUAGUCACGCUUCCAAAAUCUUACUUUUGUUAUCUUAAUUUAUUAACCUCACCAAACUAACCGGUUGUGGCACCAGAACUCAGUUCCUAUUUUGUCACGUAUUGUGUUUCAUAAGCAGUCAUUUGUAUAACUAUUGUAUUUUGAAUUAUCUUUCAGCUACUAUGGAAUUUCUGGAUAUCAAUCUGGAUGAAGUUGCUUCUGCUUUUCACGAAGCUAAACGUUUUGGGAAAAGAUGUAAAGAAGCUCCUGAUGGUCCGAUUGAAGUUAAACGAUGUCUCAAAAAGUUUCCAAAGUUCCAAACAUACGUGCUUUUAUCAGGUAGCGGUUGCAUUCAUGAGGUUGUCUAUCCUUCUGGUUAUGCACUCAAUGAAUUGAAGAAUCUAGAAAAUCCUGUAAGGAAUUAUCCCUUUACUUUGGAUCCAUUUCAGCAACGCGCCAUUCUAUGUAUUGAAAACGAACAGUCUGUUAUGGUAUCUGCCCAUACAUCUGCUGGUAAAACUGUGGUUGCUGAGUACGCAGUUGCUAAAAGUCUGAAGCAGAAUCAGCGCGUUAUUUACACAACGCCUAUCAAGGCCCUGAGCAAUCAGAAGUUUCGCGAAUUCUCUGAGAUUUUUAAAGAUGUUGGCCUAAUGACUGGUGAUAUAACUAUCAACCAAGAAGCAACUAUUCUUAUAAUGACAACAGAAAUAUUGAGAUCUAUGUUGUACAGAAGCUCGGAUGUAACUCGUGAGGUUGGCUGGGUUAUUUUCGAUGAAAUUCAUUAUAUGAGGGAAAAAGAACGUGGUGUUAUCUGGGAGGAAACCAUCAUCUUAUUACCUGAUAGUGUUGGGCUUGUCUUUUUGAGUGCAACAAUUCCCAAUGCUCGUGAAUUUGCUGAAUGGAUAGUGUUUUUACAUAGAAAGCCUUGUCACGUUGUUUACACUGAUUGUCGUCCUGUUCCAUUACAACACUAUGUUUACCCAUGUGGUGGAGAUGGAAUUCAUUUGGUAGUCAAUCAGAACCGUGAGUUUAUUGAAUCUAACUUCAAUCUUGCUUUAAAUACUUUACAAAAUGCCGCUGGCAAUUCGAUUUCUGAUAUGAAGUCCCGUGGACGUAAUGGUGGCAGCACCCGUUCUCAGCCAUAUUGCUCGAAGUUAGUCAAGUUGGUAAUGGACCAAAAUUUGGAGCCACUUAUCGUAUUUUCAUUUAGCAAAAUGGAUUGUGAAUUCUAUGCAAUGCAACUAAACAAGAUGGAUUUUAGUACACAAUCAGAAAAGGCGGCUAUUGAACUUGUGUUUAAUAAUGCCAUUGAGAGUCUUUCCGUUGACGAUCGAAAUCUUCCUCAGGUUCAAAUUUUACUGCCCGUUUUACGUCGUGGAAUAGGUAUACAUCAUGGUGGACUGUUGCCUAUACUCAAGGAAAUUGUUGAAGUGUUAUUCGCUGAAGGUUUUAUAAAAGUACUGUACGCUACCGAAACGUUCGCUAUGGGUCUUAAUAUGCCGGCUCGAUCUGUGUUAUUCACGUCUACUCGGAAGUUCGACGGACGCGACUUCCGUUUACUGUCAUCUGGGGAAUAUAUUCAAAUGUCAGGACGCGCAGGUCGUCGAGGAAAAGAUACUCGUGGCACAGUUAUAAUGAUGCUUGAUGAUCGUAUUAGUGCAGAUGAAGCCAGAAAACUCUUACUUGGUGAACCUGACCGACUGGAUUCUUCAUUCUAUCUAACGAAUAAUAUGAUACUUAAUUUACUUCGUGUUGAGGACAUCAAUCCAGAAAUAAUGCUCGCUAAAAAUUUUCAGCAAUUUCAAUGCAGGUCUGAAUUGCCCUAUCUUGAAAAACGUUUAAAUGACACAGAAUCUCUUAUCAAAAAUAUUUGUUUUCCGGACGAUAUUGAUAUGGAACAGCUUGGCGCUUAUGUUAAACUUCAUCAUGCAGUUGCCGUAUGUGAAUCUGAGAGGUGGGCAUUAGUUUCACAAAGAAAAAGUGUCAUACCUUUCUUUCAGGCUGGUAGAGUGGUUCGAAUUCGCAAUCUGGACGAUUGGGACUUCGGAUGGGGAAUUGUUGUGCACGUAGAUCGGUCUGUGCAUCAAAAAUCCGACAGAAUGUCAGUCAUUUGUCUUAUGGAAGUGGCUGAAGACCGCAUCCUAAGAAAUUCAGAUUAUACAAGAAAACCGAUUCCUUUUUCGUCUGUGAAACCUGCUGAUGGUGUUGAUUUUCAAACUGAUACUUUUACAUCGGUUAUUCAGUUAGUUUCUGUCCCUCUAGAUUGUUUGUCUGGUAUUUCAAGCGUUUGUCUCAAACUAAAUUCAUUAUUGGAGUGUGACAAUCAGAAUACUGAAAUGUUAUUUAACAAGCUUUCAGUUCAACCUGAUCAUGUAAAACGACGUAUUUGGGAAGGCGUUGAUCGUGCCAAAGCAAAAUUAGGAGGAGUACUACCAGUAUUAGAUCCUAUCAAGGACUUAAAUAUUAAAGACGAUCGUGUGAAACAGCAGUGCGAGACGAUUAAUUUAUUGAAAGCACGAAUGGCCAUGAAUCCGAUCUCAAAACGCGCUGAUCUAGACAGUCUUAUUGAUCGUUUUAAUUGGAAAGCUACUAAUUUGAGGAAACUCGAAGACAUUCGUGAACGUAUAAACAGAACAGAUUCACUUUCACAUUUUGACGAGUUGCGUGCAAGGAAAAGACUUUUGCGAAGACUUUGUUUUUGUUCAGAGGAUGAUACAAUUGCAUUAAAAGGUCGUAUCGCCUGUGAAAUUUCAACUGGUGAUGAAUUGGUACUGACUGAGUUACUUCUGGAUGGGUUCUUUUCACAAUUCUCACCAGUUCAACUAGCAGGUGUCAUGUCAUGUUUUGUAGCAGAAAAACAAACAAAACAUCACAAAAUAAAUCUGAGUCCUGCCAUGAAGAAGGCUAUAAAAAGUAUCCACGAUAAAGCAAGAUAUCUUGCAAAAAUGUCUGCCGAAUGUAAUAUUAACACGGAUCAUAGUAAUAAUGAGAAACAACCAACGACUUUGGUUGAGAAUCUUGGAAAUAAUAGAAAUAGUCUUUCGGAUGACGAGCAAGCUUAUGUUAAUCGUUUUGUCGGUGAUUUAAUGGAUGUUGUAUGUGCUUGGGCUGAAGGUGUCAGUUUUUCUCGGCUUUGUGAAUUGACAAGUGCAUUCGAAGGUAGUGUAAUUAGAUGCAUCAGAAGACUGGAAGAACUACUAUGUCAAAUGCAUAAUGCAGCCAAAGUUGCAGGAAACUCGGAGUUGGAAAAUAAGUUUUUAGAAGCCGUAAUCCUAAUCAAAAGAGAUAUCAUUUUCUGUGCAAGCCUAUAUCUUUAACGGUUAUCGAAAAAAGUGUACAAAUCUUGAUAAUAAAAAAGAUUACGUAUUUUCGAUG